UAUCAAUUACAGUGCAAACACAAGUUUCGAAAAUGCUGGAAACGCUGUAUGAAGAUGAAAAGGAAAGCGAUGAACAACAAGUGCAGACUUUGAGCGUAAGGAAGAUGGAGACACAGGACCUGCUCCUCUCUGAGGUAAGACAGCUCACUUGUUGCCUCCUCGAGAAAAUAGAAAUCAAGUACAGAGAUGAUCAAAUGCAGCAAGUAAAAAAUGAAAUAGUUUUGCAAGAAGAGGAGCAUGAAGAGGGUGUCAAAAACGAUGUGGAUGAAGAGCCACGGAUGGUUUCUACUAGUGAAGCAGGUUCAAAAGAAAACUUUCAGAGUCUUGGGGAAGAGGAAGAACCAGCGACAUUUGAAAACACUGGCAAAGAAAAGUCUAUGACCGAGGUGCCUUUAUAUGAGGGCUGCAAAGCAAUUGGCGAGCCAAUGCACAAUAAUGCCAUUGCCAAAAAUAAUGAUGAAGAAACAUCCACCAUUAACAAAGCAGCAGAAGAAAGGGUGAUUGACUGGAUUGCAAAAGAACAACUAUCUCAAACUGAUCUGUUUGGUGUAACCGUAGAGGAGAUGGUCCAGAAUUCAGCUCAGUUGGCGGAAAGCAUCGUGCAACAACGUGGAAGAUUAGAGUGGCUGCAACAAGUGGUGGGAGACACAGAUCCAGAGAACUGUGAGAGAAUAGUGGCGGAUACCCAAUCAGCCAUUGUCAACGGACCUGAGGAGACAAGAGGAGAUAACGAAAUGGAUAAAGAGGUAGAGGGCAUUGAAAUUAUUCAAAGAGGUGUGGAGAUUACCAAGAAGGAGGAGCUUUCUGCAGAGGAGGGAAGCUGUACAGAGGUAGAACAGUCACAUAAAGCACCUGAGAUUGUAGAAGAGGCGGCGUGUAAGGAACAGCCAAGACAAGUCAACGAAGAAGUGCCAAUACCCAUAGAAGAGGGGGCAUGUAAGGAGAAGGAACAGCCAAGACAAGUCAACGAAGAAGUGCUAAUACCUAUAGAAGAGGGAGCAUGUAAGGAGAAGGAACAGCCAAGACAAGUCAACGAAGUAGUGACAAUACCCAUAGAAGUGGGGGCAUGUAAGGAGAAGGAACAGCCAAGACAAGUCAACGAAGAAGUGCCAAUACCCAUAGAAGAGGGGGCAUGUAAGGAGAAGGAACAGCCAAGACAAGUCAACGAAGAAGUGCCAAUACCUAUAGAAGAGGGGGCAUGUAAGGAGAAGGAACAGCCAAGACAAAUCAACGAAGAAGUGCUAAUACCUAUAGAAGAGGGGGCAUGUAAGAAGAAGGAACAGCCAAGACAAGUCAACGAGGAAAUGCCAAUACCUAUAGAAGAGGGGGCAUGUAAGGAGAAGGAACAGCCAAGACAAGUCAACGAAGAAGUGCCAAUACCCAUAGAAGAGGGGGCAUGUAAGGAGAAGGAACAGCCAAGACAAGUCAACGAAGAAGUGCUAAUACCUAUAGAAGAGGGGGCAUGUAAGAAGAAGGAACAGCCAAGACAAGUCAACGAGGAAAUGCCAAUACCUAUAGAAGAGGGGGCAUGUAAGGAGAAGGAACAGCCAAGACAAGUCAACGAAGAAGUGCUAAUACCUAUAGAAGAGGGGGCAUGUAAGGAGAAGGAACAGCCAAGACAAGUCAACGAAGAACUGCCAAAACCCAUAGAAGAGGGGGCAUGUAAGGAGAAGGAACAGCCAAGACAAGUCAAAGAGGAAAUGCCAAUACCUAUAGAAGAGGGGGCAUGUAAGGAGAAGGAACAGCCAAGACAAGUCAAGGAAGAAGUGCCAACAACAAUAGGAGAGAGGGCGUGUAAGAAGCAAGAACAGCUCAGCAAUGACAAAUGGGAGGUUGCAGAGGGAGGUGAUGCUGCAAAGGAACAGCCAAAACAAGUCAAGGAAGAAGUGCCAACAACAAUAGAAGAGGGGGCGUGUAAGAAGCAGGAACAGCAAAGACAAGUCAAGGAAAAAGUGCCAAUACCUAUAGAAGGGGGGGCAUGUAAGGAGAAGGAACAGCUUGGCAAUGGCAAACAGGAGAUCGUAGAGGGAGGUGACGCUGCAAAGGAACAGCGAAGACAAGUCAAGGAAGAAGUGCCAACAACAAUAGAAGAGGGGGCGGGGAAGUGGCUAGAAGAGCUUAAGGCUGUCAUUGAAGAUGAGCCAAGAAGGAAAGCCCAGGGGGGGCGAAAAGUGACCAUACCUGCCUGGUUGAAGUCCAACGAGAGCUCAGAUGCCCCUUUCCAAGAGCCACCGAAGCCCCUCGGCAGUCAGAUCAGAACCAUGAGCGUGGGCAGCAAAGGGGAGGUGAAUAUCAAGGCCAAAGGUCAAGAGGUCACCAUGGCGAAUGGGUUCCUUGGGAUCCCACCUGCCGUUGUUCAACAAGAAGAGGUAAAAACAUUGGGAAAACUGACGAGGAUGGCGACUCCAGCUCAGCGGGAUGGCGAUCCUCUUGACCAGCAGAUCUCCCUCUAUGUGAAGGCCGGCAGUGAUGGAGAGAGUCUCGGGAACUGUCCCUUCUCUCAGAGACUCUUCAUGAUCCUCUGGCUGAAAGGAGUCAUCUUCAACGUCACCACCGUGGACCUCAAGAGAAAGCCUGCAGAUUUACAGGAUCUCGCUCCGGGAACCAACCCUCCAUUCAUGACCUUCAACGGAGAGGUUCUGGUGGACGUCAACAAGAUCGAGGAGUUUCUCGAGGAACGAUUGGUCCCACCACGAUACCCAAAGUUGGCAGCAAAGCAUCCAGAAUCCAACACAGCGGGAAUAGAUGUAUUUGCCAAGUUUUCUGCCUACAUCAAGAACCCUCGUAAAGAAGCUAAUGAGGGUCUGGAGAAAGCUCUUCUGAAGUCCCUGAAGAGGUUGGAUGAGUAUUUGCAGACGCCGCUGCCCGAGGAGAUUGAUGCCAACAGUGUAGAUGAUCAUGAAGCGUCCACACGAGGAUUCCUGGACGGGCCAGACCUCACGCUGGCCGACUGUAACCUGCUCCCCAAACUACACAUCAUGAAGAUUGUUGCUAGGAAAUACAGAGGUUUUGAGAUUCCUGCUGAGAUGACCGGAGUUUUGCGAUAUUUGAAUAACGCCUACCAGAGAGAAGAAUUCAUGAACACCUGCCCUGCUGACCGCGAGAUCGAGUUCGCUUACCUGGACGUCGCCAAGAAGAUCAAAUAGUUCAGGAUGACCAGACAAGUAGUGCUAACUCAUGGUUAUCUUGUGAG